AUGAAGGAAAAAUCCAAAAAUGCUGCCCGGACUAGACGGGAGAAGGAAAAUAGUGAAUUUUAUGAACUGGCCAAAUUAUUGCCACUGCCAUCUGCAAUAACCUCCCAGCUGGACAAAGCCUCUAUCAUAAGACUGACAACCAGCUACUUAAAAAUGAGAGUGGUUUUCCCUGAAGGACUGGGAGAAGCCUGGGGCCAGACCAGUCGCACUGGUCACUUGGAUAAUGUCAGCCGAGAAUUGGGAUCUCACCUUUUACAGACCUUGGAUGGUUUUAUCUUCGUGGUGGCUCCAGAUGGGAAAAUUAUGUACAUCUCUGAGACGGCGUCGGUUCAUUUGGGACUAUCACAGGUAGAGCUGACUGGAAACAGUAUUUAUGAGUACAUCCACCCUGCUGACCAUGACGAGAUGACUGCAGUUCUAACAGCUCAUCAGCCCUACCACUCUCACUUUGUUCAAGAAUAUGAAAUUGAGCGGUCCUUUUUCGUGAGGAUGAAAUGUGUCUUGGCAAAGAGGAAUGCAGGCUUAACUUGUGGUGGUUACAAGGUUAUCCACUGCAGUGGCUAUCUAAAGAUUCGCCAGUACAGCCUAGACAUGUCUCCUUUUGAUGGUUGUUACCAGAAUGUUGGAUUAGUGGCAGUUGGCCAUUCACUGCCUCCAAGUGCUGUGACAGAAAUCAAACUGCACAGCAAUAUGUUUAUGUUUCGAGCUAGCCUUGACAUGAAACUUAUAUUUCUUGACUCCAGGGUAGCUGAACUGACAGGCUAUGAACCUCAGGAUUUAAUAGAAAAAACUCUUUAUCAUCACGUCCAUGGGUGUGAUACAUUUCACUUGCGCUGUGCUCAUCAUUUGUUGCUUGUCAAAGGACAGGUAACAACAAAAUAUUACCGCUUCCUUGCAAAGCACGGAGGUUGGGUGUGGGUUCAGAGCUACGCAACAAUAGUCCACAAUAGCAGAUCCUCCAGGCCCCACUGCAUCGUUAGUGUCAACUAUGUCCUCACGGAUGCUGAGUACAAGGGAUUACAACUGUCGCUAGAUCAAGUAACAGCAACGAAACCAUCCUUUUCAUACGCAAACUCAACCCCAACCAUCACUGACUCCAGGAAGACAAGCAAGUCCCGUCUUAGCCGAACAAAAUCCAAACCAAGAGCGUCACCUUAUCCUCAGUAUUCCGGAUUCCACACAGAAAGAUCUGAAUCGGACCAUGAGAGCCAAUGGGGAGGAAGUCCACUAACAGACCAUGCUUCCCCACAAUUGCUGGAUCAUACAGAAGGCUCACAGCCACAUUCCCAACAUGACAUUAUAUCCUGUGCCUAUGGACAGUUUUCCGAUAGAAACUCUCUGUGCUACGGCUUUGCCCUUGAGCACUCCAGAUCGGUGGAGGAAAGACAGUCCCAUUUCCACACAUCGCCAUGUGAGGGAGGAAGGUGUGAGGCAGGCAGAUAUUUCCUUGGGGGCUCGCAAUCUGGAAGAGAAAAUUGGUGGAACUCCUCCCGUAUGACGCUAGCUCUGACUAAAUCAUCUCCGGAAAGCAGAGAGGGAUAUGAAAGCAGCAUGCCACAUAUAGCUUCUAUUCCCAGUAUUCAUGGAAGAGGACACUGGGAUGAAGACAGUGUUGUCAGUUCACCAGACCCUUGUUCUGCCAGUGAGUCGGGGGACAGGUACCACAAUGAGAGGUACCAGAGCAGUCCGCAUGAACCGAGUAAAAUCGAGACUCUGAUAAGAGCAACACAGCAAAUGAUCAAAGAGGAGGAGAGCAGGCUGCAAAUGAGAAAAACUACCUCGGAGCAAUUGCAACCAAUGAACGGUAUAGGCAAGCUCCAUGCCGCGUGCUUUAAUGUGAGCUACCAACAACAGCAAAUGACCAGUGUUGUGUGCCGUGCUCCGCCAAUGACUAACACCUCUCGCUGUGAUCACCUCCAACAAAGAGAUGGGAAGAUCAUGAGCCCUCAUGAGAAUGAAUAUAACAGCAGCCCCAUUUCACUCUCUAGAAUAAGUAGCCCUAGUUCCGACCGAAUUUCAAAGACAAGUGUAGCCUUAAAUAAGGACUACCUAGCUUCAGACAUGUCUCCUCAUCAAACAGGGGGAAACUGUGCAUCAUCCCCGAACUAUUACUCCACCCAUCAUCGACAGUACUUUGAUAAACAUGCAUAUGCACUGACUGGCUAUGCUUUUGAGCACCUGUAUGAUACUGAAGCCAUUAAAAACUACUCUCUGGGCUGCAACGGCACUCACAUUGACGUGACCUCUCACUUCCGAAUGCAACAGGACCCAACCCAUGCACACAAGGGCACCACGGUUAUUAUUACCAAUGGAAGCUGA